CUGGUCCAGACGGGGCGAGCCACUGUGACUGUCGACGAGUCACUCGUCCGUAGCGGCAGAGCGGCGUGUGAGUGUGUGAGCGUGUGUGUGUGCUGGCCUCCCCCCCCCCCAAGGCGCGGGGGACAGCGGGCAGUCAGUGAUGGCCUGACGCGAGGGACACCAUGGCAGGCAGCGCAGACGAGCUGGACCGGGACCUGCCCGUGGCGGAGAUGGAGGUGGCUCCCGCCUUGAGGCUCAGGCCGCCUCAGGAGCUGGUGUCGCCCCACGCUGAGCUGCACCGCAGCGGCCUGUGGGCGAGGGAGGACCUGUCCGCGGCAGCCCGCUACCCCGGCGACACCCAGCCUUUGCCCUGGCAGGUGAUGCUGCAGUCCCCGCGCGCCGUGUCCUCCCAGGACCUGGCCCCGCAGGACCUGCUGGGCGAGUCCUCCACCACCAACACCUCGGAGGACCGCAGCGACCGCGAGACUGAGUCGCUGCACUCCGGCUCGCCCGAGGAGGACCGCGAGGCGGACAUAGACGAGGACGGGGACAUCCGGUGCAUCGUGUGCGGCAGCGGCUUCCCCGACGUCGAGCAGUUGGACGAGCACCAGGUGAGCUGCCACAGGUACCCGGCGGAGCAGUUCCGCUGCGACCAGUGCCCGCGCGCCUACAGCUGGCGGCCCAGCCUCUUCAGGCACAAGGCCCUUCUGCACGGCGACGUCAGGAAGUACUCCUGCGAGAACUGCACCAAGGUGUUCACGGACCCCAGCAACCUCCAGAGGCACAUCAGGACACACCACGUGGGCGCGCGCUCGCACGCCUGCCCCGAGUGCGGCAAGACGUUCGCCACGUCGUCGGGCCUCAAGCAGCACACGCACAUCCACUCCACCGUGAAGCCGUUCCAGUGCGAGGUGUGCUUCAAGGCCUACACGCAGUUCUCGAACCUGUGUCGCCACAAGCGCAUGCAUGCAGACUGCCGCAUGCAGAUCAAGUGCGGCAAGUGCAACCAGUCCUUCAGCACCGUCACGUCGCUGUCCAAGCACAAGAGGUUCUGCGACUCCAGCCCCCAGCCGCCGGCGCCGCGCCGGGACAACCCGCCGCCGGCCGCCCCCUACUACGUGUACCCGCCCCGCUACCCGCUGUACCCGCCGCCGCUGCUGCCGCCCUACCCCUCGCUGUUCCCGCCGCCCGGCGCGCCACCCUUCCUGCCCGGACCGCUGCUCUUCGCGCCGCCCAAGAUGUUCGAGCGGCCGGCCGAGCGCGGCUCCCCGGCGGACACCCUCAUGAACGGCUUCCGGAGGUCGCCGCCGCCGCCGCCGCCCGCCGACGAGAGGCCGUCGCCCCGCCCCCGCGCCGCCGCCGUGUACGCCGACCCGCGCGACGACAUGCGCGCCUGCUCGCCCGGCGCGCGCUCCGACCAGCCGCUCGACCUGCGGGUGUGUCGCUCCCCGCCGCCGGGGGCGGAGCCCGCGAGGGGCGCGACCCCCGAGCGUCCCGCCUCCCCGGCCGGCCCCAUGGCCUACCCGCGGCCCGUCCACCCCAUACCCAUGUUCGUGGACAUGUACCGCCCGCACUUCAACAACUUCCCGCCGCCCCCGCCGCCCCCGGCCGGCGACAGGCUGCUGCCGCCGCCGGGGUUCGCGUCGGCCAGGGGCUUCCCGUUCCCGGUGAACCCGUUCAACGGCCACCUGGGCGGGCGGCUGCCGUUCGGCGCGGGGCUGAAGCCCUUGGAGGAGGCGGCGGGGGCCCAGCCGGCGCCCGGCGGCAAGCUCAAGGACAGGUACAGCUGCAAGUACUGCGGCAAGGUGUUCCCCAGGUCGGCCAACCUGACGCGCCACCUGCGCACGCACACGGGCGAGCAGCCCUACAAGUGCAAGUACUGCGAGCGCUCGUUCAGCAUCUCGUCCAACCUGCAGCGCCACGUGCGCAACAUCCACAACAAGGAGAAGCCGUUCCGCUGCUCGCUGUGCGACCGCUGCUUCGGCCAGCAGACCAACCUGGACCGCCACCUGAAGAAGCACGAGGCGGCCGGGGGCGGCGCGGGGCCGGCGCCCGACAGCCCCGCCUCCAGCGACAAGGAGGAGUCGUACUUCGACGAGGUGCGGCGCUUCUUCGGCAAGGUGGUUCCGCGCGCCGGCGAAGACUCGGAGGGCGCCGCGUCGGAGGACGGCGGGCCCGCGCGCUCGCCGGUCGCCUACGAGGUGCAGGUCAAGGCGGAGAACGCCCUGCGCGGCGAGACCGCCGGCUUCCGGCUGCGCGACGCCAUAGAGAUCGCCACGUAGCGGCGCCCCUAACCCCUACCCCUUCACGCGUCGCUCACUGGACGACCCUCCGCUCUAACCCGCCAGCCAGACACCGAGAACCAUUACAACAGCUUCACAAAUUAAACUGCUUCGACCAGGGACACACCUGUCAAGGUAUAUUUCACGAUAUACUGUAGCUUUCCUCCUAGUGGUUAUUGGCUGAGGUCGGUGAGAGGUGUCGUCCCGCUCUUGACGGGGCCAAUACCGUACUGCUGCACCCUCGCAAUUUGCCGUGACUCUUUAGAAAAAGCUACAGUGUUUUGUGAAAUACCUUGACAUGAAAUGAAAUCGCGAAAUACAUAGGUGUUCCUAGUUUUAACUUUUAAAUUUACAAGUGUUCGUUACUAAAGUAUUAAACAGUUUCAGUUAAGAAAUCAUAUUAAAAAUCAACAUUUGGUUAUUUUAUUGUUAAAUUCUCUUUUCCUUUAAUGAUCAUUACAAUAAUUAAUACGCUUUUCGCCUUUUUACCAUUUUCCAACCACCAAGACGUAUGAUUUCUUGUCGCCGAAAGCAAGCAUUCGUUCUCGUUAAUUUGAACAUCCGUAUGGUCGACAGUAAAAAACGUUUAAGUGGUCGUCAUAAAAAAAUGGUUCAAGAUAUCGAAUUCGGAAACGAAUUUACGUGAUUCGAAACCUGGUUCGAUCGUGUGAAACGGUAGGCCUACCCUUCACCAAAACGGUCCCGACUCGGGCAGCCAAUCAGGAGCCGAGUACGCUUACGUCGGGAUGUUUUCCGCGUCUGGGUGGUUCUUGGUUCUGUGUCCUCAUUAUCACGACAUCGCCCUCUAGCUGUGUGUAGCACUGUACAUAGACCUCCCCAUCGUUUUAAUGUCAGGUAAAAUAAUUACCUUUUAUUCUAAAUUUAUAGUCAUGAAUCUACCAAAGUGAGUGAAAAAAAUAUGUAUAAUGUAUUAAAAUAUUUUAUGAACGUUCUUUCUAUAGUGAGCUGUUCCAAUCUGUAGUGCAUUUGUUUACUUACGUCUCUUUGUAUUCGAAGUACCUCUGCUGUAGUUCCCGUUUGUUGAAUGUGGAAAAGUUCGUGGCUGUGGACAACACAGAUGAUUCCUCUUCCAAAUGGUUCCACCAAAACCAGUUUUAGAGGAAAUGGAGUGCUGGAAGUAAAGGGAUUUUCGAAAAUGACAGUGAAGAAAAAUAUGGUUGCAUAAAAUGCUGUGUUAACCUCAUGAACGAAUUUUUUUUUCUCUACUUUUAUCACCACAUAGUUUACUGCACACAAUUUUAAUGCUUAAAAGGUUCUGAUGUUACCAAAAUUUGGUCAAGAUCCAGUGGGUUUUGUUAAUAUCAAGUGGUAUUUUGUUUGUACUAAGUGUUUUUUGCUUGGGUGAUGAUAUUUUUUUCGUAAGUUGUUACAUGUGAUAAAUUGAAUGUGAUCCUCUUGUAAGAUUUCAGUUUUAAAAAGUAAGCUGAUGUUUUUUAGAUUUUCGUUACAAUUAACACUUUGACUUCAGAUUUCCGAUGGAAAAUAUUUUAUGUUAUUCAGCCGAGUCUCUGCGUUUUUAGGAGUGUACCAUUUCAUGUUUAUAUCAGCGUAAAUUGCGUGAAUUCAAAUUCACCUGCUAUCUGUUAUAAAAAUAAACUAAUUAAAUUUGCAUUUAAAGCUGUUCUGUCAUAAACACAUGUUUUACUAUUUCAGAUAAGCAUACUGCCUUUGAAUUUUCUCUUUCACUUAAGCAAUGUAAUUAUCAACAUUUUAAAUCCAUUUUGUAAUAAGUAAAGUCAUACAUAAGUUGGUUUAAAAGUGUGUGUCUCCAACAGCUUCAAACCAAAAUUCACAUUUAUAAGAGUAUUUUGCGAUGACUGAAAAAUUCUUUGACGGUACACGAAUACGUCACUCUUACUAGCAUUUAACAUUUAAAGCAUUUUUAUAUUAUGAGUUCUGCGCCUUUUCUUUGUCUUAAUGUUAUGUCUUGAAGCUGAACUAUUUUUGUCCUACAUAAUAAGCAGAUACGUGGACAUCUUUAACGGAAAUAACAAUAUAACGAAUAAUUGGGUUGACUCUGAAAACAAGGCAUGAAGUUUUAAAUUGAAAAAGAAAUAAUACGCUUGUAACAAUUACAAAAAUUUUCCUAGAUGAAAUCUCAAUCGCACUUCAAAAUUUUUCUGACGUAAAAAUUAGUAAUGUUCACAAACCAAGCUCAAGAUUAAUUAUCAGUAAAUCAGACAUUUCGACUCUGUUAAAAAUUACUUAAUACUUGAAAUCGAAACUGUCGUUAUUUAAGUUGUUUUGUAAACGUUUUGUUGUUAGGAUAACAGCUGCAGAAUAAUUUUAAAACUAUAAACUGUGUUUGUACCCGAUAUUUAUCAGUGUAAAUAUCAACCAUAUAUCGGCAGGGAUAUUCAAAUGAAAUUCGUGCUAUGUGAAUAUGACAGUGUUUUUGUUGACAACCGGGCAAGUAUCCAUUCAUUCCAUGUUAACUACUAAAUAAUGAUGCCUGCAACUGCAAUAAAGCUGUUUGCGUAAAAAAAAGAAAGGUAUUAGUGACUUACGAUCUGGUAUUUAACUUCAUUUAUUUAUCACCCCCUCCUCUUAACCUUUUUUUGUUGUUUUUGAAACAUAUUAAUUUAUCUUUCAGUCGCUAUACUAUACCUAUGUAUUUUUUUUUGUAAAUGUAACAGUAAUAUUCAUGUAAAAUUACAGAUAUUUGUUAAUUUACAUGAAAACGACUUUAUCACUACAAAGUAGCGUUCACAGUAACACUGUUCAGAUUCUUAAGUGGGCAUUUAUUCUUUGUUGUCCCAGUACCUCCAAUAGUUAAGGUUAUUUGUAAACCGUUCCCUGAAUAGCUUUCCAGUAUUAAAUGAUACAAAAAAUAAUGUAAAAUUGCUGAAUAUUCGAUUACCUUUUCUGUGGUUUAAAAAAAUUAUGCUUAAAUGAAACCUCAAUUAAAAUAUAAAAUUAUGGGUCAAUUUUCGUAAGACUUACUCAGUAUUAUCUGGAGAAACGUAUUUAAUAUAUGCAAAAAUAACCACAGCCACAUGUUUUACAAAGUUGCAAUAUAUAUAUUUUUUUUUAGUAUUACAAACAGGGUUUCCAAAGUAAUAUUUUGUAAAAGUGCAGAUGCUACAAGCAACAAUUUUUGUUUCCACUGCAUUUGUAUCGAAUACUGAAUGUUUCUUGCGGUCGUCAGUGAGUUACAACAUUAUUGUGUGCUCAGAGUUAUUGCUGACACGUAUCAACCAAUCCUAUACCACCUGCAGCCACUUGGGAAGAUCACUCAACGUUCAGGAAAGAAACUGACUUCAGGUAGCGGUGAGCUUUGUGUAGCGUGGUGGCUAUUAACGCACAGCGCGUCCGUAUGGACUGAAAUAUAAUUAAAAUCUAAACGGGAAAUAAUUUUUCUCUGAACCAAUCAAAACCCACUAGCUGUAAUUGUACUCUAUAAUAAUCACACCUACGAUUUAUAUUUUAGACUUUUAACAUAAUUACUAUAAUUAACAGGCUGAUGAAAUUUGUACUUAAUAUGAGAAUGAAGGCUUGGACAUUUAAGUGAAGGAGUUUUCAGUUGUUAUUUUUUUCUUGACUUCCUCAGUAUAAAUUUUAUUCCAAGUUAAAUCACUCUUUUUAUCUACGAAACUAUGUAAUAAAGUGCUAUGUAAAUGUAUUCUGAAGUGAAAAUGUGUAAUAUUUCGAGACACCACAAACGAGCACUGAAUAUACUAAUUGUGGUUUUGAAUGAUGUAAAGAUUGGUUUAAAUAAUGUAAAUAUGUUUUAUUCGCUUGUGUUUGAGACUGUAUUAUCAGAUGUUAUUUAAAAGUUUUUUUUUCAAAA